UGAAGUCCAACGGUCAACAUCAACUGUCAUGGCUGCCUCCAUGAGAAGAACCGUUUUAGCCUUGAAACAUCAAGCUUUACCUUUUAGUUUAAGAUGUUUGAGCACCUCUGUGAAUCAUAGUCUUUGUGCACCAAGAAAAGAAAAGACUUUAUCCAAGCCAGGAGUUAAAAAUGUAGUUCUGGUUGAGGGAGUAAGGACUCCAUUUUUGAUGUCAGGAACAGAUUAUAAAAAUUUAAUGCCACACGACCUGGCAAGAGCAGCAUUACAUGGAUUGGUUAAAAAGUCAGGAGUAGACAAAGAUAUAGUUGAUUACAUUGUGUAUGGAAUAGUUAUCCAGGAAGUAAAAACCAGUAAUGUGGCAAGAGAGGCAGCCCUUGGUGCUGGUUUUUCAGACAAAAUACCAUCUCAUACUGUCACUCAAGCAUGCAUUUCAUCAAACCAAGCUAUUACUACAGGAAUUGGGAUGAUUGCAUCUGGUCAAAUGGACACUGUGGUUGCUGGCGGUGUUGAAUUUAUGUCUGAUGUACCUAUAAGAUUUAGUAGAAAGAUGAGAAAGCAUAUGUUGUCUUUUCCUAAGGCAAAAACAUUACCAGCAAAACUAGGUCUUUUCUCUCAGAUGAUUAAACCUUCCAUAUGGGCACCUGAGUUACCUGCUGUAGCUGAGUUUUCUACAGGUGAAUCAAUGGGUCAUUCAGCAGACAGACUCUGUGCUACAUUUGGUGUCACUAGAAAGGAACAGGAUGAUUUUGCUAUAAGGUCACAUACACUAGCAGCUGAGGCAACAGAGAAAGGAUUUCUUAGUGAUGUCAUUACUUAUAAAGUACCAGGAGUAAGCAAACCAGUGGUCAAAGACAAUGGCAUCCGACCAUCAUCAUAUGAAAAAAUGGCAAAGCUGAAACCAGCAUUCAUAAAACCUCAUGGAACAAUCACUGCUGCUAAUUCAUCAUUUCUGACUGAUGGUGCAUCAGCUUGUCUGAUCAUGUCAGAAGAGAAGGCUUUGGCUAUGGGAUUAAAACCUAAAGCUUACCUCAGAGAUUUUGUAUAUGUCUCACAAGACCCAAAGGACCAGCUAUUGUUAGGACCAACUUAUGCAACACCAAAAGUUUUAGAAAGAGCUGGAUUGACCAUGAAGGACAUUGAUGUAUUUGAAUACCAUGAAGCUUUUGCUGGACAAAUUUUAGCAAACUUGAAAGCUAUGGACUCAGAUUACUUUGCCAAAACACAGAUGGGAAGAACAACAAAGGUUGGUAUUCCUCAAAUGGAGAAAUUUAACAACUGGGGAGGAUCUUUAUCAAUAGGACAUCCAUUUGGUGCUACUGGUGUGAGACUGGUGACAACAGCUGCCCACAGAUUACAACAAGAAGAUGGACAGUUUGCAUUAGUGGCAGCUUGUGCUGCUGGGGGUAUUGGCCAUGGAAUGCUUGUAGAAAGAUAUCCAUCAUAAUGUAGGAUUCAAACAUUUAGUGGCAUAAUCAUUAUUCAUCCUCCAAGGAUAUACUGGUCAUAAUUGUAAAUUAUUGUACAUGAGGACACUGUGAUAUUUAUUUCAUCAGAUCUGUAUUCUGUUUUGCUAAGAUAAGAGUUAUUAUUAAAUAAUGAAUGAUUUAA